AUGCCAUUCCUUGCAGCUAUUGAUCAAGGAACAUCAAGCUCUCGAUUUCUUAUAUUUGAUUCAUCAACUGGUAAUUUAAUCGUUGAACAUCAAAUACCAGUUCAACAAUUAACACCACAAACAGGAUAUGUUGAAAUGUGCCCAAAUGAAAUUUAUACAACUGUAGUUGAAUGUAUUAAUAAAGGAUGUCAAAAAUUUGAAGAACAUGGUUUUAAAAUUAAUGAUAUUAAAGCUGUUGGUUUAGCUAAUCAAAGAGAAACAACAAUUGUAUGGGAUAAAAUUACAGGUAAACCAUUAUUUAAUGCUAUUGUAUGGUUAGAUACAAGAACAUCAAAUUUGGCAACAAAAUUUAUCAAUAAAACACCUAAUAAAGAUAAAGAUUUUUUUAAAUCAAAAACAGGUCUCCCAAUUCAUCCAUAUUUUUCUGCAUUAAAAUUAAGAUGGUUAAUUGAUAAUAUUGAUGAAAUUAAGAAGGCAUAUGAUAAUGAUACCCUUCUUGUAGGGACAGUUGAUUCAUGGUUAAUAUGGAAAUUAACUGGUAUUCAUGCUACUGAUGUAACAAAUGCAUCUAGAACAUUAUUAUUAGAUUUAGGUAAAAGGAAAUGGUCAGAAGAAUUGACAACAUUUUUUGAUAUUAAAAAAUCAAUUCUUCCUGAAAUUAAAUCAUCAGCAGAAAAAUUUGGUUAUUUUAAAAGUGGUCCAUUAAUUAAUUUACCAUUAUCAGGUGUUGUUGGUGAUCAACAAGCUGCAAUGAUAGGACAUAAUUGUUUAAAUAUUGGUGAUUGUAAAAGUACAUAUGGUACAGGUACAUUUUUUUUAUGUAAUAUUGGUUAUAAACCUGUUGUAUCUAAUUUUGGAUUAAUCACAACUGUUGGAUAUCAAUUUGGUUCCAAUUCACCAAUAGUUUAUGCUUUAGAAGGAUCUGGUUCUAUAGGUGGUAAUGUAAUUAGAUUUUUAAGAGAUAAUCUUAAUUUUAUUAAUAAUAUAAAAGAAUGUGAAGAGUUAGCAAAUAGUGUUUCUGAUACAGAUGGUGUUUAUUUUGUACCAUGUUUUUCAGGUCUUUAUACACCAUACUGGGAUUCUACAGCACGAGGAAUAAUUUGUGGAUUAACACAAUCAUCAACAAAAGCUCAUAUUACAAGAGCAGCACUAAAAAGUGUGGCAUUUCAGACAGAAGAAAUGAUAUCUGCAAUAGAAAAAGAUUUUAAAAAUUUAAAUGUUAAAAAAUUACGUAUUGAUGGUGGUAUGACAUUUAACAAAACAUUUGUUCAAAUGCAAGCUGAUCUUUCAGGAAAAGAAAUUGUUUGCCCAUCAAUGUCUGAAAUAUCUGGAUUUGGUGCAGCAAUAACAGCUGGUAUUGGUGCAAAUAUUAUAAAUGUUGAAGAUUAUAAAAAAUUUACACAUCCAUCUAUAAAUAAUUACAAGGCUUUAUUAGAUGAAAAAGAAAGAUUAAUAGAAAAUGAAAAAUGGAGAGAAGCCGUCAAAAGAGCACGUAAUUGGACUUGA